AUGUCAGCUAGCAGAUUAGACGCUGUUUAUCGAAGUAUGCUCUUAACCAAAUUUUUCACAAAAGGUUGGGGCAAACCAGAAAAUUUGCGAAGGUUAUUUGAAUUCAGAAAAGUAGUAUCAAAUCGGGAUGAAUGCUUCAAGUUAGUUGAAAGGGACUACCCUGUAACUAUAACCAAGGAACAAAAUCUCACAGAUUGUAAGCUAGUAGAGGGAUACUUUCUUACACCACUGGAAAAGUAUCUUCCUGGGAUAGUGCCUGAAAUAGCACAGAAAGCUCAUUUUCAAGCUCUGCUUCCAGUACAUUGGCCUGAGCCAGGCUGCAAACCAGUAUGUUUACAUCUUGCUGGUACAGGUGAUCAUUUUUUCUGGCGCCGGAGAAACCUAAUGGUGAAGCCUUUGUUAAAAGAAGCAGCUAUUGGCGGAAUUAUAUUGGAGAAUCCAUUUUAUGGACUUCGUAAGCCCACAGAUCAAAUUCGAUCUUCCCUGCAUAACGUGUCGGACAUUUUUGUGAUGGGAGGAUGUCUGAUUCUGGAAUCGCUGGUGCUUUUUCAUUGGUGUGAACGUAAUGGACUCGGCCCGUUAGGCGUUACCGGACUUUCUAUGGGUGGACAUAUGGCGUCACUUGCAGCAACAAAUUGGCCAAAACCUAUGGUGCUUGUUCCUUGUCUCUCUUGGUCUACUGCAUCAGCUGUAUUCCUACAGGGAGUUAUGUCACAUUCGAUAAACUGGGAUUUACUUGAGGACCAAUACUUAUCAGAUGGAGUUUACAGAGAAAAGCUAUCCAAAAUGGUCACUAUAGUAGACGAGGCGUUCUUAGCUGGUAAAAAGUUCGCUCGCACAUAUUCUGAGAAAAUUGACACAGAUACACAAAUGAAUGCACAAAAGGAAGAAACACAAGAGAAUUUAGUAAACAACCUGAAAAACGAUUCAAAUAAAAAUGUGGAUAUAACAUACAAGGAAUCUAAUAAUUUAAAUUUUAAAAAUGGAAUAAAUAAUAUUCAGAAUCAGAAUAUAGCAGAAUUAAGUGAUGCGGAAGUGCCUAUUAAAGUAACACAUACUGAAAGCUUAAGUGAAGAGUUAAGGAAAAUGCAGGGUGAAAAUAAAAUUAGUAAGGCGUUAUGUGAUAAACUUACCUCUAAUACAACAUUUGAGUUAGACGCCCAAGAUAUAUCAGAGAUAAAUAAAUUAAAUAAAAAUGAACUAAAAGCCUUGCUACUCAAAUAUAGAGUUGAUGAUCAUGUAAAAAGUAUUGCAAUUAAAUCACUUACCGAACAUCUAGGAGAUACGAAGUCAGACAGCAAUAAAGAUUUGAUCAAUACUGAAAAACUUAGUGGGAUAUCGCCAAAUAUGCACGUGCAUAACUCAGUCAAUGGUACUAAAACUGAAAAUAAAGAAAAAGUUUACGACACAAGUAAACAUUCUGAUGAAACUGAGUACAAAGAAUGUAAACCAGAGAAAAAAUCGUGGAAUGUAUCGGAAUUUACUUCGGAUUUAUGGACAAGUUUACCGUUUCUAAAGUCAUCGGGGAAGAAAAUAGAUAUAGGAAAGAUACAUUGGAGGGACAGAGAAGCUUUGCAGUUCAUGAGAGGCAUUAUGGAUGAGUGUACCCAUUUGAGCAAUUUCUCGGUGCCAUAUGACACCUCUCUGAUUAUUGCUGUGUGCGCCAAACAUGACGCAUAUGUACCUAGGGAGGACGUGGGUCGACUGGAAGAGAUAUGGCCCGGAGCAGAAGUGCGCUAUGUCGACGCUGGACACGUGUCUGCUUACAUACUGCAUCAGUCAGUCUUUAGGGCCUGUAUAAAAGAAGCAUUCGAUCGGUCAAAGAAAAAAUGGAAAGAUGGAAAACAUAUCGAAUGA